AUGAACGUUAAGGUGGAGACAAGCGAAUUAGAUAAUAGCCCUAUGGAUUUAUAUAGGAAUCUCCAUAUUAAACAAGAACCAAUUAGUGCUGCGGAGGAAGAACAAAGAGAAGUGAAGGAGCCGGGUCUGUAUGCAGGUCAUGAAAUCAAGGAAGAAUUGGUUGUAGGACCUGUGGUGUUGCAGUCUCCUGUAUUAGCUCAAGCAAAAUUUGAGCAGAACACAUCUGAUGGGUUGAACAUUGAUACUCGACCGUACAAAUGUGAUAUUUGCACUAAAUGUUUUACAAUUAAACACCAUCUUAUGCGUCAUAAACUAACUCAUUCCGGAGAAAAGCACAACCAAUGUGAACAAUGUAACAAAACUUUUACCUGUAAACUAAGUUACAAUAAACAUGUAAGGACUCAUAGAGGACAGAAACAAUACAAAUGUGAUAUUUGCCAUAAAUGUUUUACAAAAAAACAUAUACUUAAAGCUCAUAUAUUGAUUCAUACUGGAGAGAAACCAUACAAAUGUGAUAUUUGCACCAAAUGUUUCACAAAUAAACACCAUCUCAAGCGUCACAAAAUAACUCAUACUAGAGAGAUUAACCAUUGUGAACAAUGUAAUGAAUCCUAUACCAGUAAAGCAAGUUAUAAGAAACAUUUAAGGACUCAUGCAGGAAUAAAACCAUACAAAUGUGACCACUGCAACAAAUCCUUUGUUCGUAAAGCACAUUGUGAAACACAUUUAACAACUCAUACAGGUGAGAAACCUUACAAGUGUGAUAUUUGCAAUAAAUGUUUUACAAGGAAACAGGCACUUAAGACUCAUACGAUGGUCCAUAAUGGUGAGAAACCACUAAUAUGAUAACUACAGAAAAGGUUUUGCUUCUAAAUACAUUUUUAACGUACAAUUACAGAUUCAUUUGGAAAAGAAAUCAUACAAAUGUGACUGAAAUUGUAACAAAUAUUUCAGGAGUCAUACUAUAGAGAAAGUGUACAGUUGUGAUAUUUUCCAUAAAGGUUUUACUACUAAACAUACGAUUCAGUCCAUACUGAUGAGUACCAUACAAAUGUACUUGUAUUGACUAUAUUACGAUGUCUGAGGAGAUAGUUGAGUACAUCAGACUAAAGUCAAAUAUGCUUUGAAGGUCAAGCGGUUGGAAUCCCACGUGAUUUUUAAUUCAUUUGCUGUGAGAGUGCCAACCGCACAUCUGUCAAUCUACAUGAAGGAGAUUCCUUCGUCAUUGGCUGAAGGGUGUUGUAUAUCGGCAAUUCCGAUGCAGGUUACCUGACUCCAGCUUGC